AGCCAGAAGCGUUACAAAACGAAAUCUGACAAAAAAUAAAUAUUUACUUGUUAUCGUUUUUGCUUUUGAAGUUUAAUUACAGGAACUUUAUCGUUAAAGUAUUGAAUAUUCAUAAAAUUCAAUCUAAUGUCUUUUCCUGCAAGACCUGCCCCACCAAAGCCAGUUCCUAAACCAGGUCAUGUUAAAGUUGUUAGAGCUUUGUACCGCUACACUGCCCAGCAGGCUGAUGAAUUAUCUUUUGAAGAGGGAGAUAAUCUUUACAUUUUGGAUGUGAAAAGUGAUGCAAACUGGUGGAAAGCUUCAUGCAAAGGGAAAGUUGGUCUUAUACCUAGCAAUUAUGUGGAGGAAAGUACUGAGGAAGUCUUGCAUCCUUUGCAUGAAGCCGCUAAAAGAGGAAAUCUUACAUUUUUGACGGAGUGCAUAAAAAAUAAGGUAUCUGUUAAUGGAUUAGACAAAGCAGGCUGCACUGCCUUACAUUGGGCUUCCCAUGCUGGAAAUGAAGAUUGCGUGAAAGAACUAUUGAAAGUAGUAAACAUCGAAAUUAAUGUUCAGAAUAAACUUGGUGAUACUCCGCUUCAUUCUUGUGCUUGGAAAGGCCAUAGUGAAGUCGUUAAGAUGCUUCUUGAUAAAGGAGCUAAUCCAUCCUUGAAAAACAAUGAAAACAAAACACCAUUUGAAAUUACGAAUGAUCCUGCUUGUGCUGCAUUAUUGAAACCACUUCAAAGAACUUCUUCCAUAAUGGCUGGAGAAGAAUAUGUGGAUAGCGAUGAUUCUGAAUGAGACAGAUGGAUGAACAAUUGUAUAUUUAAAAAUAUUUAUGUUAUACAUUGUUACUAAGUUCAUUUUAUGAACUAGUCAUUAAUGCCGAGCUUAUUAAAUUACAAAAAAUAUUUUUAAGUAUAGUAUUUUUUGCUCUUUUGCAUUUAUAAAACUAUCCAUUUUUAAUUGUUAAAAUGUAUAUCGUCUCAUGUUUUGUACUUAAUGAGAAGUUUUUAAACUGUAGUAUUUUUAUAUCAACUUCAAAUCAUUUAUUGUAAUGAAAUUGAAUAAAUCAAUUUUUCUAAUUUUA